AUGGAUUUCAUGGGACCAUUCCCAUCCUUCUAUGGGAAUAAGUAUAUCUUACUGGCAGUUGUUUAUGUGUUAAAAUGGGUAGAGGCUAUUGCAUCUCUUACCAAUGAUGCGCACAUGGUUACCAAGUUCUUCAAGAAACACAUUUUUCCGCGAUUUGGCACACCGAGGGUAUUAAUUAGUGCUGGAGGACAACAUUUUUUGGAAAAGAGAUUCGAAGGUGUAUUAAAGAAAUAUGGGGUUUAUCAAAGAUUGGUCUUGGCUAUCAUCCGCAAAGUAGUGGCCAAGCUGAAAUCAGCAACUGAGAGAUCAAGAGCAUUUUGGAGAAGACGGUUGCAAGGUCAAGAAGAGAUUAGGCGAAUAAGUUGGAUGACUCUCUUUGGGCCUACAGACAAGCAUUCAAAACCCCUAUUGGAACCACACCAUACAACCCUUAAUUAUGAUCUACUGCGUGCUAGUGAAAAGAGGUUAUUUGAUAUCAACGAACUUGAUGAAAUACGUUUGGAUGCAUAUGAGAGUUCAAGGCUAUACAAGGAAAAGACCAAGCGAUGGCAUGACAAGGCUCUUAUGAGAAGGAGCUUUGAAGUUGGACAAUUGGUGUUACUAUUCAACACCCGUUUAAAGUUAUUUCCAGGGAAACUAAAGUCACAUUGGACGGGUCCAUUCAAGAUCACGAGGGUAUUCUCCUAUGGUUCCACUGAGCUGUCGAAUGCGAAAGGAGAAACAUUCAAGGUGAAUGGUCAAGGAAAUUCAUCAACCAAAACAAGCUAUGGCACCAAGGAGGCAAAGGAGGAGAGAAAGGACUCCAUCACCACAAAGAAUGAAGAUCAACGAGAUAAGUUUCAAAUCUCAAAGAUAGGCCUAUGA